AUGCAGCCGUUAUCGGAGAAAACGACAAGCUGGAUGAACGUGUUGUGUUUUUAUAUGUUUGGGACGCUUAGUUUCUUCAACCAGGAGUUGUUAUAUAUCGCAUCGCAGGACAUUCUUAGCGGCCGAAAACUUCCGACAGCCACUAUACUUGUGUGUUUUGUAACCCCAUUGAUGAUUACCAAAAUACUUGCUCCCUGGUUUGUACAGAGAAUACCUUAUGUGGUAAAGACUUGUAUUAUCGCGCUGGACAUGGCCCUUGGGCUAACGUUGAUCGUUUUUGUUGAAAACAUGGAAGUGAAGUUAUUGGGAAUUUGUCUGAAUGCAAUGGCUACUGGAAGUGCCGAAGUUGUUUUCCUUGGACUGAGUUCGUUUUAUCAGCCGAUAUGUAUCAGUUCUUACGUAGCGGGAACAGGCAUGGCUUCGCUCUUCUCGCCUCUAUAUUACAAUGGUAAGAAAAAUUAAAAUAUUAUAUUCGCUUAUAUUCUCAAUAUACGCAUGCAAAUACUGGGAAACCGACGCGCUUGAAAACAAAGCAAGUGUGAAGCGAGAGUGAAGUGUCACUUAGUGUGGGCAUGGGGGCAGGAGAUUCAUGAUAUUUUAAGAGCGCAAAUAGUCAUCAUUCCUGAAGAAAAUAAAUUUUUUACUCCCUUAGAUACUUGACUUUUCGGUGACAGUAAAAAGGGGAAAUCAGUUGGUGGAAUGGUCUGAUUAUGAGGAAUGUAAUUUAUGCAAAACAUCUCAAAGCGGAAAAAAUAUUUUCGGCGCCGGGUGAGAGGGGUGGGAGGAUGGGGGGGGGGGGAGGGAGGGUGGCACUUCUUGGAUCCUAUAAUAGCCCAUACGGGAAGGCUCCGUCUGAAAAGGGUACCUUUUUCAAGCUUCAGGUAUAUCAAAAGGUAGAUAAUUCUCGAGUUGAAGAAUAAGAUUGGGUGGGAAAAUAAGUCAUUUGAUCAAAAUAUUUCGAAAAGGCGCACUUAUGGCUUUAUCAUUUUGAUUUAGUAUGUAUGACCGCGACACAAAGACUUCCUAUUUGAACGAUUUAUUCUUGUUAAGUUUGUAAGUUAGAGGGGCACCAUUUUUCAAUGGAAGGUAUACGAAAGGGCCGGUGCCUUUUCAGUCAAAAAUCGUAUAUAAAAGGGUAAGGGAUUGGACUUAAAGGGGAAGCCUCCCCGUAUUAAACUUUGCUGAGUUGUCCCCCCGGGUUUCGACAGCACUCUUAUCAUAGUUUCCUUUGCUGUAAAUAGAAGACGUCAGCACGCAAGCUUUUAACGAACGACCAGGCUUUUUAAAAGUUUAUUCGAACACAAGGAUUCAAACAGACGCAGUUUACCUAAAGUUUAAUAAAAUUAUAGAAAAUGACCAAAGUUCGGGCUCAAACGAGAAUGUUAGGUAACUAAAAGCUAUUUUUGAAAAACUGGGGCCUCGAGUCAAGCAAGCGGGUAUUGAAAGGAGUUAUUGAACGCAUAUGAGGACGACUCAUAACUUAAGUUCAAUACAGACGACGCCAAAAUUAUGGUAUUCUAAAUAAUCUUGCCUGCGGCUACGGAUAACUUGAUGAGAUUGUUAUGUCGCCGGGUACUCAAAAUCAUAAUAGGCUCCUGUGUGAGAAUGAAUAAUUACGUACUUGAUAAGGUAACCUGUGACAAAAGAGGAAUGAUCUAGAUGAAAGAGAGCUGUUCCUCUGUAGAUUAGCUUUUUCCAUUGAUAAUUGUUUUGCACAGGCCAACCAGACACUAUGGCAAUCGUCGUUUGUAUUUGAAUUUUACAACCGAAUGUAUAGUGGAACCUCGAUAUAACGAAGGGCUAAGAGACUGGCAGAAUGUGCUCGCAAUAACGAGGUUUCAUUUUAUGGAGGUUCUUUUCCAUAUAUUUUACUAUUGUUGGGGUAAUUAAUUCGAGGUUUCACGUUUAAAACAAAAUGACUUUGAAAUUGCUCGAGAAGCGAACGGCAGGCUGUCAACGAAACAAAAAAAUCACAAGGUAGUCAUUUUUAUUUCGAAUCUUUUAAAAACAAGGAAUUUACUACGUAUUUUAUUUACUCCUAUGAAUUCUCCUAUCAGAAAUUCAAAUUCGAACGACUCUCAUAGAAACUGGGUACCCUAUAGCUUGGCCAAACCGUAAUCACUGGCCUCUCCCCGUAGUCUCUUCUUCCCUUUGUUUGAAUGUAUCUUUUUUCUUUUUCUUUAGCACUCACAACAUGGAGCUGUGUCUCACCUAAGACCGCUAUAAUGAUCACAAUUCCUUUCCCUGCAUUAUGGUUGGUAUUUUAUGCUAUUUUAGACAAGAGCUACAUAUCAAAUGGACCACAAGGCGCUCAAAAACGCACGGAAAUAAAGUACACGUCCCUGAAAAACUCACCUGACGAGUCAGCGAACCGGCCCACUACGAUAGGUGGAAUAUUCUCAUGCACAGAACAGUUGCGUAUCGCAUUUAAAAUCCUUCCUUUUAUCCUCUCACUAUUUCUAAGCUUCUUCGCGGAGUAUUUGUCAAAUUCGUCCGUUAUCACCAGCAUCGCAUUCCCAGACUCAAAGCUGCAUCCAAGAGACCACUUUCUCGUAUACUUUCUAUCAUACAUGCUUGGCAAGUUCGUGGGUAGGAGUCAUCUUUUUAUAUUUUCUUUUCUGCCUCCCGAGGCAACGGAGUUCCUGAUGUGUGACAAAACCUGGAUAUUUGCAGGUUGGUAUUAAUUAUAAAAUAUUUCAGGGAUGGGUACGGAUUGCAACACUGACCUCAACAGCUCCAUGAUAUUGGGAUUAUUUUAACCAUAACAAUAAACCACACGGAAUUUGUAACAAUCCAGAAAAUGAGAAAUUUGUUUAAGUCACGAGUCCAUGACGUCAUUUGGGGUGGGCUUUACGUCGCAAUAGUCCUCAAGGUAGUUUUCUCUUUUCCCCCGCCGCCAUAUUGGAUAACGAGAAGACCCUGGCGACGAGGUUGGUCGCAAUAGUUGAUUGGCCGGCGCGCUUUGUUCCAUCCUUAUAUCAGUAGAAUGCCCAAAAAGGGCCGAGUGAAUUAAAAUUAAUAGGGCAGUACUAAAAUUUGCUGAUCGAAUGAAGGACAUCUACCGCAAAGAUGUUGUUUAGUCUCCACAUGCGUUAAUUAGCCCACGAACGCUUUUCUGUUGUCCGGCUAAUCUUGGUGCAGCCGUUUCUCCUUGCUCCUCGUCGCUAAGGACGUUUUGUCCCUGGCGGCGAGGAGCUAGGAGAAACGGCUGUAUUCGCAGGCUAAUCUUGGUGGCGAAGCUUGCGUGGCAGGCGCGAAAAAUGGAGGGGCUGGGAGAUAACUAGUGAAAAAAGUACCAUUAGUGAGUGGAGUCAGGAGCCAGGGCUCAGGGCUCCUGGUAGCCUCCCACGCAGGCGUUUUUAGGGGAGCUCGUCUUUCGUCCCUCCCCGCAAAGGGAGGGGAGGGGAUGAAAAGCGAGCUCCCCUUAUAAACGCCUGCAUGGGAGGCUAGGCUCCUGGAGGAGUCAAACUUUCUUUGCUUCUUUUGGUUCUCUUUUAUCGGUUUUACUUUGGAAGAGAGGAUGGCGGGGGUGGUGUCCGUAUCCCCCUUCCAACAAAACUGAAAUUUUUCUCCCAAUAAGGCCAGAUCUCUUCGCAUGUGCCGAAUUAAAUAAUAAUGAGUAAAAUCUGUUGCCCUCGCUUGUUUGCUUUAGAUUCGGAACAUGUGAAAUGCGACGUUUGACCCGGGCCUUCGACCCCGAAUUUAAGCUAAAUUCGGUUCAAAUAUCGUAAAUGUUUAAACCUUAGGAUAUUCAAGAAUUUUGCGCACAUUUUAAUAAAUUCAAGAAUUAACAUCCCGGUUAUUGCUGUUUCAGUUUUGGAAAUGGGACACCUGUUGUUUUUUCUGUUUGAGUCUUGGUACCACUUUCUUCCGUCUAUUUGGAUAAUGGUUGUCCUGUGCUCUACCUUGGGCCUCGUCGCCGGAAUUAUAGUAGUACAGUCGCCCCAUGCCGUCUCGCGAAAUGUCUCGCCCGAGGAGAAAGAGUUUGCCCUGGGACUGCUAACUAUUGGUAAUGGUGUAGGAGGAUUUUUGGCUGGUUUGGUGGGUUUGGCUGUGGAACCAUACCUCACAAACAAAUGCAAAGUGCAUUUCUCCGCUACUAAAGAAUUCUGCUUUACGAGGCUUCGGAAUGCUACAGGAUGGGAGAAUAACUUUCAUUGUUAA